AAAGCAAGAAGGACCCAUCGAUCGAUCCAGACGCAGAGUUGGAAUUUGGGAUUUGCAUCGAAUCGCAGAAUCUAGGGUUCGUUGGGAAGCAAUGGCGCUGAGGAGGUUCUACAACGAGAUAAAGGGGAAGAGGGUGAGCGAGAUCCCGGAGCACGUGAAGCCCUUCCUGUCGCUCAACUACAUCAAGAAAACAAUCCAGAGAGGCAUGGACAAUUACCACGCCAAGUACAUCGAAACCAGUUCCCCUGAACCCCUCUUCCAUGUCUGCUAUGGCGGCAUGAUCUUCUCCUACCUCGUCGCUCUCCCCCACGAGCGACGCCACCUCGAGCACAUGCAGCAUCACGCUCAGAACCACUGAUUUUCUUUUUUCGGGAUCUUCGUCCUUGAAAUUGAGGUGGUUGGCUUGCUUGAUCUUUGUUUUAAAAUUUUAAAAAUCAAGGCAGAAAGAAACUGUCAGCUUCUAUGUAUUUCAUCGGUUGGAUGAUAAAAUAAGUUCUAUCUGAAUCAAUACUCAAUUUUCCUGCACUUAAUGUUAAUUGAAUUUGUGAAAAGAGAACAUACAUUUUUAUUUGAUUCUGUCGCAUAAUUAUCUUGAUGUGGUGAUUUUA